AUGGCAAGCUUCGGCCCUUCAAACCCACUUAGGGGAUCUCGGGUAACACGAUCGUGGAAGCUCGUUGAGUCGGGCUUCCGUAAUGCUAGCAACACCAGGCGCUUCUCCGCGACAGCGAAUAAUUGCAAGCCUUCCAAUGUUGGAGGUGUAGGUCUUGCAGCAAAGGAUGCAUCCAUUGGGGAGCAAGCCCCGGAGCCCCUCACUAUCCAGGGCAUCAAGGCACGGCGUGCGAAGGCAGGAAAGCUGGUAGCUGGUACUGCAGCCUAUUCUGAUAGUGAUAUGUUCAAGUCGCCGCAUGCGUACCAAAACCCCAAGGCUCGGAGAUGGGACCACCUCCUAAGUGCAGAAUCUCGAGCUCGAAAGCCCUGCGUUUUGAAGCAAGCGGCCAAACAUCUGAAGAAGCCUGGGUUGGUCUCGCUUGGAGGCGGGUUGCCAUCCGCAGACCACUUCCCGUUCGACUCCAUGAGCUUACGCAUCCCUGUCCCACCGCACUUUUCGGAAGAAGCAACACACAGAGAAGGAAAGAUCACCACCAUUGGCAAGCGUGACGUUGUUGAAAAGGACAGCGUCUUUGAUCUGAGUAUAGGUCUGAACUAUGGACAGUCAAUCGGUUCUGCACAGGUGCUUCGCUGGGUCACUGAACACACAGAACUCUGUCAUCGACCACCUUAUGCGGAUUGGCGUUGUGCCUUGACGAUAGGCAGUACAGGAAGUCUGGAAGCUGCCUAUAGGAUGUUUUGCGACCGUGCUCGAGGCGACAGCAUCCUAACCGAGGAGUACAGUUUCAGCACAGCGCUCGAGACCGCCGAACCUCUAGGCAUCAAGGUCUUUGGGAUCAAGAUGGACGAGCAAGGGUUAUUGCCGGAGAGUAUGGAUGACAUUCUCCGAACAUGGGAUGAAAGUGAACGUGGCGCCAAGAAACCCACCGUGUUAUAUACCGUGCCUUCUGGCCAGAACCCGACAGGUGCUACGCAAGGGGAGCGACGGAGAAAGGACAUAUAUGACGUUUGCCGGAAGCAUGACGUGUUCAUCCUAGAGGAUGAGCCAUACUAUUUCCUACAAAUGCAACCCUAUGCCGGUCAGGACAGUCCAGACGUGCCGCCACCAGCCAAUGUGGAGGAAUUCCUUAACGGGCUGAUUCCAAGUCUACUGAGUAUAGAUGUGGAUGGGCGAGUCAUGCGCCAUGAUUCGUUUAGCAAAGUUGUGGUACCUGGUUCACGCAUGGGCUGGGUCACAGCCAGCGAGCAAGUGAUUGAGAGAUACAUCAGACAUGCUGAGUGCUGCAGUCAGGGCCCGUCCGGAUUCAGCCAGCUUGCCAUGUACAAGCUCCUGGAUGAAGAAUGGGGACACGAGGGCUAUCUACAGUGGAUGAUGGAUUUGCGACUACAGUACACCAAACGGCGGGAUGCAAUCUUGCAUGCUUGCGAAAAGUUCUUGCCCGCGGAGGUCGUGAGCUGGACUCCGCCUGCGGCAGGAAUGUUUCUCUGGCUUAAGGUCGAUGAGUCUCGCCACCCCGAGGUGGGAAGUAAGAGCUUAAUGGAUAUUGAGGAGGAGAUCUUCGAUUUGUGUAUUGACAAGGGUGUUCUGGCGUGCCGAGGUUCAUGGUUCCGCGCUGAACAUGACAAGCCAUUGCCUUCACUCUUCUUCAGGACCACCUUUGCAUCCGCAUCGGAGGAGCAGAUGGCCGUGGCAAUUGAGCGAUUUGGCUCUGCCAUCCGAGAAAGUUUCAAGCUAGAUUGA